AUGGAGAUUCUUAAUGAAAUAAUUAUUCUUGGAUUAUCUUACUCUUUGUAUUUGUUUUCUAAUUUCGUUGAGGAUUAUGAGCUCUAAUAUACAUUUGGCUGGUGUGUUAUUUGCUUAGUUUUACUUAAUAUGAUUGGAAAUAUAGCAGUAAUGCUUAUUCAAAGUAUUUCCUCUAUCCUACCAAAGCUUAAGAAGAUAAUUUACAAAUUAAGAAAUUGGAGCCAAAAGAGAAAAUAAAAGCUGAAUAUAGAUUAGGAGUCAUAAAAUUAUUCCUAGAAUAAACUACAAUCUGAUUAAUAGAAAAUUGAUAAAACUGCUGACAAUGAUUUAUCAACAAUACAGAGAAUGAAAUAGAUAAGCUUAGAAUAUCUUGAAUUUGAUACUAAAGAACUUUUUGAUGUCUAGAACAGCUAUUCACUAAAUUCCUCAAAAUUAAGAUGGAAUACAGAUGAUAUAGAUUUUGACAGUUACUACUAAAUAGAUGAGCAGGUUAAGGAUUAACAAGCGGGGAAAAUGAAAUAAUAGUAGAAUAAAGAUUAAACAUAUAAAAUGCCUGAAAUCAUGAAGAAUAGCAUCAUUAAAGAAUACAUGAAUUAUUAGGAUCAAAGAUUAAAAUUGAGGAAAAAGAUGGGAAAGUAAAAUAUCUGA